GAUCUACCCUGCACAUCCAUCACCAGGCUCUGCAUCGCCUCCACCAUGGGUCUGGAGCUCUAUGUGGACCUGAUUUCCCAGCCCUGCCGCGUCGUCUACAUCUUUGCCAAGAAGAACCGCAUCCCCUUUGAGCUACGCUAUGUGGACUUCCUCAAAGGAGAGACCAUUAGCAAGGACUUCACACAAUUAAGCAGCCUGCAGAGGGUUCCUGUCCUCAAAGAUGGUGACUUUGUCUUGAGUGAAAGUGUGGCCAUCCUGUUCUAAAUGAUCUCUAAAUAUAAAACAGACAGUCACUGGUAUCCAUUUGAUCCUCACAUCCGAGCCCGCAUCCAUGAGUACCUGGGCUGGCAUGGAGACCUCGUUCGAGGCACUUUUGGUGUGCCCCUGUGGGUAAAGGUGAUUGUUCCCAUCAGUGGGCUCCAAGUACCAGAGGAGAAAGUGGAACGCAACAAAGAGCUCAUGGACAAGACACUGCAUAAGAUGGAGGAAUACUUCCUGGGCAACAAGCCUUUCCUUGCUGGCCAGGAGAUGACCAUUGCUGACCUACUGGCACUAGAGGAACUGAUGCAGCCCUUGGGUGUUGGCUAUGACCUGCUUGCAGGACAUAAGAAACUGGCAGCCUGGCGUAAUCGAGUGGAGACUUUCCUGGGUGCUGACCUGGUUAAGGAAGCCCAUCAUACUAUCAUGAAUAUCGUUCAAGUUUCUGCCACUACAACCAUCCCACCACCUCCCCCAGGUUUCUAUCCAUAUAUGAGACUUCGUAUUGCCAGGAUCCCCUGAUGGUCAAAGCUGGGAGCCGAUGGUAGGGUAGCAAGCAAUUAGCAAUAAAGAUGCAUACUAUUUC